AUGGAUAUGCUCUACGAAGAGGAGAGCUCUGCGAACUCCACAGCCAAUUUCUUGCUACAGUUCCACAAGGAGAGGAAACUCUACCGAAAUGGGUUUCUAUCUGGAGAGAUCAACAGAUCUGCCGUGUGCAAUCUGACUUCAGACUUAGCGGAGGUGACCAAUCGUUCCUGCGAGCGAAGCCUGCCUCCGCCGUACAACGCAUCCUUCCUCAGUAUACAGGAGAAAAACUGGCCUGCCCUCCUGACCGUUGUCGUGAUCGUUGUAACCAUAGCAGGAAACAUUCUGGUCAUCAUGGCUGUAUCGCUUGAGAAAAAACUGCAGAACGCUAUGAACUACUUCCUAAUGUCACUCGCGAUAGCUGACAUGCUCUUGGGUUUCCUUGUCAUGCCGGUAUCGAUGCUGACCAUACUCUAUGGAUAUGUGUGGCCUCUGCCCAGACACUUCUGUGCGAUAUGGAUCUAUUUAGAUGUGCUUUUCUCCACUGCCUCCAUCAUGCAUCUCUGCGCCAUCUCGCUGGAUCGCUAUAUUGCCAUCCGAAACCCCAUCCAUCACAGCCGCUUUAACUCGAGAACGAAAGCUUUUGCAAAGAUCAUGGCUGUUUGGACCAUAUCUGUGGGUAUUUCGAUGCCCGUUCCUGUUUUUGGACUUCGAGAUGAUUCCAAGGUGUUCAAGAAUGGAAGCUGCUUGCUGGUGGAUGAGAAUUUCGUCUUGAUAGGCUCCUUCGUGGCUUUUUUCAUUCCUCUGGCAAUCAUGGUGAUCACUUAUCUUUUAACCAUAAAGGCCCUUCAAAAAGAAGCCACAUUAUGCAUGAAGGACUUUGGCUCCAAAAGCAAGUUUGCUUCAUUCAGUUUGUUCCCUCAGAGCUCUCUUUCUUCAGAUAGGUUCUUCCAGCGGUCUCUCAGCAAAGACCUCGGAGCCUCUGGAAGGAGGACGAUGCAGUCCAUCAGUAAUGAGCAGAAAGCGUCCAAAGUCCUUGGGAUUGUCUUCUUUCUGUUUGUUGUGAUGUGGUGUCCAUUCUUCGUCACCAACGUGAUGGCUGUGAUCUGUAAGGAGUCGUGCAACGAAGAGGUCGUGGGAGGACUGCUGAACAUUUUUGUCUGGGUCGGGUACCUGUCUUCGGCGGUCAAUCCGCUCGUGUACACACUCUUCAACAAAACCUACCGGUCGGCUUUCUCGCGUUACAUCCAGUGUCGCUACAAAGAGGAAAAGAAACCCCUGCAGCUGAUCUUAGUGAACACGAUCCCUGCUAUUGCGUACAAUACGAGCCAGCUUCAGUUAGCGCAAAUGAAACAUUUGAAAAAGAAGGAGUCGAAGAUGAUGUCCAAGGACUACUCUACCGUGAAAAUAGAAAUACAUCAUUUGGAUGGGACCUUAAUGAGCAACGCUAGCCAGGUGAAUGAAAAGGUUAGCUGCUUGUGAGUGUCUGAGCCC